CAACGCUUCGUCCUCACCGAUCCCAUUGCAUUCCGCUAUCUCGAGGAGGAUCCAACGACCACCGUGCUCCAGCGCAAGCAGGAGUUGCAAGGCUAUGAGUGCUAUGUCGUCGAACAGUGGGCCACUUCUCGCUCUCACCCCACCUUCACCAUCACCACCUACACCGGAGACCCCUCCUCCACUGUCCUUGUCGAUGUCCUUAGCGUGCCCACCGACGAGUCCACAUGGAGUGCGCGCCUGAGGGUGUACUUCAAGGCUCUCAACCAGUACCAUGCCAAACGCCGCGAGACCCCGCUUGGUAUACUCAUGGUCACCAAUCUGUCAGGCUUUCCAUCCAGUCUGACCGUUAUCCUGGUCCCCGAUGGGGAUCUGCGGAAACACCGCAAUGACUUUUUCGUCAACGAAAAUCUCAAACGUCUGAAUUGCUCUGGUCGCGUGGGUUUAACCCUCGGUCCACCCUCGGGCGCCACAGUCGCCAAGUUCCACCAACUCUACCGCACCAGCGACAAGAAUGACAUCUAUCAAUCCGUCAUCGAACUGGUGAAGCUGUGUCAGACCGCCCUCUUGCUGUUCGACAAACUCGAAGUCGACUUUGCCGACGGCCUGUUGUGCGACAUCACCGAGCGCGCGAUCAACGACUGGUGGAUGGACUUGGGCAGUCGCUACUACAACGUGGAACCCCAUGAUGGCAUCCUUGGUCCGACGACGGUGGCGGCCUUGAUCGGCCUCAUCAUGGGCGCACGAAACCGGCUGCACGCUGUGAAUGCUCCGUUCAGUAAGGACGCCUUCGAUGUGGAAAGCAUGAAAAAAGGCAUCAGCGCCUUCCAAAAACAGCAGCGCCUUCCUCGCUCUCGGCGACUCUGUCGCAGGACAAUGGAACGCUUACACACGGCUACGAAGAAAGCGGCAAACAGUGACAGCCAUUGGACCGUACCCAAGGCCGUCAAGAACACCGUCGCCGAGCUUAGCGGCAAGGGCGGGGAGAUGGUACUCGACGUUGUCCAUCGGAAAGACCGCGCGACCAUCUCCGAAAUUGAGACUUGUGAUAUGGAGCGUUUUGUACAGCUGGUGGGUGGCGAACGAGGCAAGUGGCUGUGGUAUGGCAGGCCUUUGAAGUCAAAGUCUGCCAAAGAAGCGGUCGGAACUACGCUACGAGCCGGCGAGGAAGGGAAAGGGGUGGAUGGUAGGGCGCUGAAUUUCAAAGAAAGCGAACAUGGAGGCUUCACGUGGGCGGCGCGGAAGAGCGUUGGCGAUGGCCUUGCAGCUUUGGGUGGGACCCAUCGAAGAGACGAUGACGAUCUAGCCUACACGGUCGAGGAGGAUGAACGGUCAAAAGGGCUGCUGAGGCGCACGACGGGCCUGACCAAAGGCCGCAUCAAAGGUGCUGUAGGGCUGGGGAGUCAUUCCCGGACCAUUUCCAAGGAUGCGAACCUCGUGCCUCAAAGCCCGACAUACCUCCAGAGGCCCUCCCUUGAUACCCCCGGCACCCCGCUCUCCCCAAACAUCUCCCCCCGGAAUUCUUUCGAUGAUUCCCCCGCGCAGCGUGCGAAACGGCCAUGGCAGUUGCAAAGAUCACACACUUCCCCCUCCAGCAGUCCUGAAGGGACCAAGGGUUCGCGAGAAGCUAGCAGUCAGGUGGCAUUUGAUCAAAAGUCGGAUCAAGAGCCCUCCGUGCGAGGGUCAAUGGACGAUGAUAGAGAGGUCAUGGAGGAAGCGGAUAGGGAGGAGAACGGCGAGCAUCUACUGCGUCGAACGGUGUCGGAGAGUCAUUUCUUCGUCAUCAACAUGCAAAGACACCCGGCGGAAGCCUACCCUCGACACCUGAGCUUCAGCCUCGCGGAAGACAGUGUCCUCAUCUGGUCUGACGUGGUGGACAAAGAUGCGGAAUCCUACUUCACCGAGCCGAAAGAUCAAUUGGCCGACGAGGAGUACUUUGCCCGGGAAGCCAAAGCGCUCCGACAGAUGCUGAACACCCUCAACGCCUCCACCGUCGCCUUCACUCAAACGCAGCUCGAAGCCAUCCACGCCGUCUUCAGCAAGCUAGACGUGGACGAAGGCUCGCUGGAAAAGCAGCACCAGGAGUACCGCAACCAGGUGGACGGGCUGCGCGCCAACUCGGAAACGCUGCUGCGCGCGGAGCAGGAGCGCUUGGAGGAGGCGGGCAAGGAGAUUGAAACGCUGGCCGCCAAGUUGGAGUAUGAGAUUAAUGGGCUGAAGGGCAAGGUGGAGGAUGUGACGGCGGGCGUGGGCGAUUUCAAGACGAGUGUGGCGCGGGUGGAGGAGCGGGUGAGGGAGCUGGAG